AUGUACGGACUACACAUCACAAAUCGCCCAGCCAGUUCCAGCAACUAUCUUGUAAUCGCCAUCCACGGGAUCGGCGGCGAAGGAAAUGAUACGUGGGAUACGCUACCCGGUGGUGCAUCUGGCUACGUCCGGUGGUUCGAGCAUCAGAACGCCCAGGUAGCCAUGUAUAGCUAUCCUGUCAAGGACGGAAAAAGAAACAUUUUCACCAGAGAAGGCCUUCGAUCCGAGGCCGUGCGCUUGCUUCAAGCAAUAAGUGAUUUGAAUAGGGGGAGAGAUUUGCGGUUGCUCUUUGUGGGACAUGAUGUUGGUGGGACUUUGAUCAAAGAGGCUCUCACCGAAGCUGCUUUUGGGGAUCCAAAAUUUAGAAGUAUCUUUUCGUCUACGUUUGCUCUGGUUAACCAAGACUUCACCGAGGCGAAUUCUCAGCAAUAUAUCUUUAUAUGGAAUGUGUCAUCCAUGAGUAAAAAUGACGAAGAGCGCGUGUUCGAUUCACCAGAAACACAAAUGUCUUUCUAUUCGGCCUGGGAAGGAUAUCAGGAAAACAGACAAAACUCGCACCGUGAUAUGUCGCACGAGAUAUCCAGGAAAGCCCAGAAUAAAAUAAGAGAGCUUACGUUGGAUCGCUGUGAGAAGCUCAUACAAAGUCAAAAGUUUCAAGAUUGGGAUUCGUCCCCUGGUCGGCCUUUCCUGGUUGUUCAAAACGCCCCUGCUGCUGUUGCAGCUUCGAUGCUAUGGAAGAACUGUCUCAGUAACGCUUGCUCGUCUGAUAAUCCUCAGCGCUGCUUGAUUCAGUAUUUUGAAUUCAAUGAACAUGAUUGCCGAUAUAACAGCGUCGAUUGCAUGUUAUCUACACUUCUGACCGAGAUUUGUUGUAAAUACGUCAAGGCAUUCGACGCAUUGAAUCAGCUGAGUCCGAGCGAUGGGAAGUCUCCGAGACUGAACAUGGAAGAUCAGUUUUCUUUACUGCUAGAAGUGCUAUCAAUGCCAACGUGCCCGGAGAUUGUUUGGAUUCUGGUCAACCUCAAUGAAAAUAUACUGCAGGAGCAUUGGUUACUUGACAAAUUUGCAGUUCUCACUCGGGGCACUGAGAUUAAGUUCAAAGCGCUACUGGUCAAUUGCAAAUAUUUCACUGAUACCUCGAGUGUCUUUCAAGUGUUGGAUUAUCCGGCAACUACAUAUGACCAUAUUGACGGUGUCAGUGGCAGUGGCGAGCAACGAGGUCUGGACACACCUGCCACAGAAAUCAUCAUCAGCAAUCCAGCCCUGCAAAUUGUCGGCUCCAAAUUGAAUGCUCUUCUCAGAUCGUCAAGUGCAGAUCCGGACCUGCACCGAAUGCUAAUGGAAUGGCUGCCAUUCGUCAAUCAAAACAUAGUCAUAGCUUUGCUAGACCAGACCGCAGCCGGUGACACAAUUCCAAAGGCACUUGUCUUCCAAUACAUCCUCAAAUCGGCCACUGAAUUUCUGAAAGCGACAAACAAGAUCCAGAUAUUACAACUCAUCGUACUUGCCUUCCGCCCUUUGACUAUCCAGGAACUUCUAGACCUUGCACAUUCAACCGGAUGGACUUACAAAUCCAGAGUCAAUUCCUCUCAAUCAGAGGCGAUUCAAUUAUGCCCUCCGGGCCUGCUCAAGCUGGAUGGAAAUGAGGUCCAUUUGGGCCACCCUGAUCUGCGUGACUUUAUUCUAUCCAGCGGCGAGGAUAUAACAGGCGUCAGCUUUCGUGGCCAGGCACAUGCCAAAACCACAGAAUUAUGUCUGGAAUUGAUCCUCUCAUCCCAAGCUCGGUCACUUCUUGGACAAUAUUCACCCGGCGAAUGGGAAGAUAUGACUGGAACGGAGCCACGCCUCCAUUUUCUUCUUUACGCCGUGAAAUAUUGGCCGGUGCAUGCGAAGAAGGGAGGAAUGGAGUACAGGAGUGAUUGUACCGCUUUGCAAACUAUGUUGAAGGAUGACUCGCUCUUGGAGAGCUGGGCUACGGCUUAUUCAAUUUUCUCCAAGACCUUCCUCAGACUUGGCCUCCAAGCUGGUCCCAUGAGUAUUUUUGCAGAGCAUGGAUUGGAAGGCUUUCUAGCCAGAGCGAUGGCUAGUCAUGCUCGCGCCCUUUGGUUUGGUAAGGACAUUUCUACCGCUCUGGUCACAGCGGCUGCUUGCCAGCAGGGUACUAUCCUCCGUUUCCUAAUUAAUAAAGGAAAAUUUGACAAGGGGGUUUUGAAAGAUGCUCUCUCAGCUUCACUUUCUCUACCUGAUGAGAACAUCCAUUAUCUCCUCCUGGAUGAAAUACUCGUGAGAUCGGAGAGCUUUAAUGACAUUUCAGAUAUCUGUGAAAAGGCCGUUGGUCUGGGCCACUAUGUCCUUGUCCAAGAGCUGAGUACAUGGUGUACACGCACAGACAGUCAGCGCGGUCUUGGAGCAGCCUUGCUCCGAGCGGCAAGUAUUCUGGAAAACCUGGAAAUAGUGAAGUCUAUUUGCAACGAACAGCAGAACAGAAUAUCGGGAGCCGAUCAGAUUAUGUCUCUUGGCCUUUCAUUGAAGCAUCGCCACCAUGAUACCUCUGUAUUUCUGAUGGAAACCGUACUGGCAGACCUAGCAAGUGAUGGUCAGCAACACGACAGUCUAAGCCAAGAAAGCCAACAGACAGAAAGACGCGAUGUGCAAAGAAUCUUGAAAGAUACAGUGAGGUCUGGCCAAUAUCGAAUUCUGCAAUCAUUCCUUGGUAUCCUCGAAGCCCGGGACGUGCGACCAGAAUCUGUGGAAGAUCUCUUGCAAAUAUCUAUUGACCAUGGAAAAACGGCAUGUUUCGAAUGCCUAUUCAAGGCCUACUUUCGCAAAGCAGAUAAGGGCAUGAUAGAUUCAAUCGCGAUGAGGGGAACUAGCAAUAUGCUUCAAACAGUGAUAAAGGCCAAUGCUGGGCUGGAUAAAACUAUUCUCACCCAUGCAAUUGAGCUUGCGGUAAAAUCUGAUGGAGGUGAUUUUGAUUUGAUAAAAGUCUUACUGAAGGAAAUACAAAACUACGUCAGUCACGAGGUCUAUAGAGACCCAGUCACCAACCUUUUGGGAUCUGCGGUACAGGAAAACAAACCGAAACUUGCAAAGAUGCUCAUUCAAGCAGGGGCGGAUAUUGACAGGAAGAGCUUAUGUUCUGGAUCACGAACGCCACUAUACCAGGCCGCAUCUUCAGGGUUUGAAGAGAUAGCCGUGAUGCUGCUCGAGGCAAAAGCAGACCCCCGAGCUGACUGGAAGGGUUGGGCACCCAUACAUGCGGCCGCUAAUCACGCGAGAAUCCUCCAUUCAUUGCUUCAAUUUGACGUUGAUAUCAACGCCAGAACUAGUGAUGGCAGUACCGCACUGAUGCUUGCGGUUAAAUGGAACCAGGAGGCUUGUGUCGAUGAGCUUCUCAUUAACCAUCCACAUCUACACUGCACAUCGAAUGAUGGCGAUAGUCUGCUGUCGUCUGCUGCUCGAACUGGAAAUCCUAGGUUGAUCUUUAAGUUACUCGAUGCAGGCAUGGAUCCGUCACAUCCCGACGUGAUAGAGAGCAAUAAGGAACAGUUGCAUAAGUGUGUCGAAGCCAACGACGUCAAGCUUCUGCAAAGACUGCUCCGCUAUAACCUCCCUAUUGAACAUGUAGACCACGAUGGAAGAACACCCCUUAACUGCAUUCGGGGCGAGACAAACAUAGAGAUCCUUCGACUCCUCGUCUAUCGGGGCGCGUUCGUCAACACGAUAGAUGCUUACGAUGAAGCCCCCCUAAUGACAAUGGUUCAAACAAACAACAUACCAAAAGCAGAAUUUCUUCUUUCCAGAGGCGCCACAACUGAUAUUCGGACCAGUCAAGGUCACACAGCAUUCAGCAGCGCAUGCUUGUAUGGUUCGCUGAAGAUGGUUCAGAUGCUGGCCAACAAUAAAGCAAGCCUGGACGAAGUUCACGAUGGAACGCCCUUUCAGUUUGCCUGUCUGAGGGAUGGAGACGAGAAAGAGAAGCGCGCUAUAUUAAAAUAUUUGUUAGACGUGGUUGAGGUGGAUCGAGAUCAAAAAAGCGAGCGAUGGGGCAAUAACUUGAGCCUUGCCUGUCUGACUGCGGACAUGGAGAUCAUUCGCAACCUGGUCGACCGCGGUGUCCCUGUCCGUGGCUAUGACGCAAUGGGUCGAAGACCUAUUCACUUUGCAUUGUACCGGACCAUCGAACACGUUCAGUACUUGCUCGAAAACGGCGCCGAUUUAUUUGAAAAAGACAUCCUAGGAAGAAACGCCCUCCACUUUGCCGUUGUGAGCGGUCGUCUCGACCUUGUCAAGUUCAUUAUCCAGCGGAAGCCUAUGCUAGUUAAUGAGGAGGACUGUGAUGGCUGGACACCGCUCUUUUGGGCUGUCAGGGAGUGCCUACGCUGGCAGACGAGUACCGCUGAGCCGCGGUGCUAUUAUCGAGGAACUCAAAUCCCAUGGUGCAGAAAUAAUGAUACGAGGUUCUGGGGUGGAGCAUAUGUGGACACCGUACGAGCUAGCGCUAUACUACGACUUGGAUGA